AUGGAAGGCCCGCAGGACGGCCUCAAGUGGUUUGGCGAGGGAUUUGACGGCUUCCCCAAGAAACUACCUGACGACGUUGUGGAAUAUAUCGUCUUCAUCAUAGACUCUACACUCUCCGACAUCCAAAUUAGAGAAAGAUUGCAGGGAUUCCAACGUGCAUUGAAUACGCUGGAAAAGAAAUUUCUCAAGGAGUAUAUUUGGCAACGCGACUCGCUGAAACUUGAACUUGUCCGCGAAGAACAGAGAUGGCUACUUCGUGGCCACACCAACUAUGGGGAUAGUAUCGCGGACGAAUGGCUGAUCGUUUACCUUUUGCGUGAGCUAAGCAAAGAAUUCAAGGAUGCUUGGAUACGCAUAUACGAUAGUGAUGGAGAGUUCCUACUCAUCGAAGCUGCGAAUGCGCUGCCCAAGUGGCUCACUCCAGAAGUUGCAGAUAACAGGGUAUGGAUAAACAGUCAUAGGCUGCUAAUCAUUCCGUUGGGCAAGGAGGAGGACCCUGCACCACUCUCUCAGAAUCAAGCUCUACAAAUAAUACGUGAUACUCCAGGGCGACCUCAACAGUACAUCAAGGUCGAAAAAGAGGCAUUCCAUCGAUUGAAUAGCUAUCCCGCUGCUAUCGCAGAUAAUCAGCAUCAUGCAACGGUGCCCCUUCCAAGAAAAGUUGCCCAUAUCCUACAUAUCAAUCCAUCGUACAUUGCCCCAGUAGUAGAGGCAUUCUACCUCCGCGACCCAAUCUCAAUGCGUCUGCUACAGCCCGAAAAAUCAAAAAUAGAUCUCGAAUUCCCACCGGAAGACUUUGUCGACGUUAGUGUGCGUUUUACGAAAGUACUAUAUGCGCAGCUACUCGGACAGCAUUGGGAGCCGCCUGCACCAUGGGACUCUGCGCUGGAACAGCUCGUAAAAUCAGGAAAAGCUACCGAGAAAGUCGAGAUUGGUCUCAAGAUCACAGCUGGCAUGCAGAUGUUAGUUUCGCAUUCCAUUUAUGCCUCACACAAAUUUACACGUGAGAUUAAUAUACUGCUCGAGGACCUCGAAAAUGGCGAUGAAGCUCUUCCCACAAAUGCUGAGAUUGCUAGCUGGCCAAAAUGCGACGAUGAUGAAGGCUGGCUUAAUAUCGAUUUUGCCGAAUUCGAGAGGGAAUUAGAGGGUAAGGGUAGCAAAGGAAAUGAAGGCUUUGGGGACAAGAAUGCACAAGAGAAUCUAAAAAAGAUGGUCGCCCGAUUCAAUGAUUUCCUGGCAGAUAAUGAAGCGGGCGUGGAAGGUGCGGACGGAGGAUUUGACCCUAUGGACGAGGACAAUGAUUCAGAUGCAGGAGAUAGAGGGUGGGAUGACCCUGAAGACAAUGCCGAGUAUGCGGAGUACGAGAAGUAUUACGAGAAGUUCAUGACGCUCUCUGCAGCGGAAAAAGCUAUUCUUACAGAUGAAGCGCGUGCUUUAGCACGUGAACAGGAUGCUGAGAAAGAAGAAGACGAGGAAAUUCGAAAGCUGAGCGAAAUGAUGGAAGCUGAAUUGUUCAGCCACGGCGCUUUGAAUAUCAACCCAAAGUCCGACCAGAAGGCAAUAUCGGGAGUUGCUUUGCCUGGAAAAGACAAAGGCAAAGGCAAAGCGAAACUCUCGGAGAUUGAGAGUGCGGAAGAGGACGAUGAGGACGACGACGGUGAUGAUGAUUUGCUCGAUGAAGACUACAAUCUUGCAGAUAACAUGCUGAAGGCGUUCAAAGGCCAAGCUGGCAUGGCCGGCCCGGCUGGAAAUAUGAUGAGAGCUAUGGGCGUACAAUUUCCGCAGGACGCUGACGAUGAAGUCAAGAGUGGACCGUCCAAGCACUAG